AUGAAAUUUGCUCAACUCAUCAAAAACAAAUAUCUCCUGCAGGCUGAUAAAUGCUCCAAAUUCUUUCAUGCUUUAAUCAAGCGCAACAGACACAGCCGAUUUAUUGCUGUCAUAAGGCUAGAGGAUGGGCAUAACACUUCCUCCCAAGAUAAAAUUGCCCUUGCUUUUGUGAAUCACUUUAGGAAUUUGUUUAGUGCUCAUGAGCUGACCCAAACUCCUUCCAUUUCGAUAUGCAACAGGGGUCCUAAGGUUCCCACCGAUUGCUUUGCGGUUUUACUUUGUCCUACUUCUAAACAAGAGGUUUGGAACGUUAUUUCUGUGAUGGAUAACAAUAAAGUUCCUGGGCCAGAUGGUUUCAAUGUUUUAUUCUUCAAGAAGGCUUGGAAUAUCAUUGGUGAUGAUAUCUUUGCAGUGGUUAAUGAAUUCUUUACAACUGGAAAAAUUCUAAAGUAG